UUAGUGCCAUGCAAGUGGAUUUAAGAAAACAUACAGCGGAAACACAUUUUUGGAUUAACAUUAUCUGGUGUGCCUUGGGAGCCAUAAUAUUAGUUGGCAUUGCAGUCAUAUCAUACUGGAUUAGAAGAUGCAGGAUAUUACAAGUGAGAUACCUCCAUUGCAGCCAGUCUGCACUGAGGAAGUUAUUAUCAACUGUCGUCAGCAACAACAGCAGCAUAAUCAUCAAACAGCAGCAAUACAGCAACAACAACCACUACUGCAUCAACAACAGCAGCAACAAAAUCAACAUUCUCAACAACAGCCGCAACAGCAACAACAACAUCUUUAUCAAAAACGUUCACAAUCUACCGCAACAACAAAAUCUUCUACAAUUAGCACAACAAAUACCGCAACAUCGGCUUUAUCCCAACAAAAGCAAUCAAAUAAUCAUCAAAACCAACAUCAGCACCAGUUCCAAUCACAACCAAACAAACAACAACUGCAGCAACAAAAUAAUCAAAAAAUUAUCACUCGAUCACAAUCAUCAAAAGUUAUACAAGAUUUUCAGCAUCAUCACGCUUUCCAUCAACUAAAACAACAACAAUCAUUGCCUACACCAUUACAUGGCAAUGUUGGUGCUUCCCCCAAUGUCCACAAUCAUUCAAAAUCCGUUUCGAUUUUGGUGUAUAAAACAUUGAACACGGUCUUCAAGAGCAGCCGCAAAAUCAUUGUACGCGUUUGUGAGGUGGCCAGUGUUAAGAAAAAUUUCAAUAUGUUUAAAUUCAAUAAAGCAUCACAGCAGACGAGAGCCGAUGCCAGGGCCAAUGCGUGUACGGGACAUGAUCAGUUUGUUCGACCGCCGGUAUCGGAAAAAAAAGCCAAACAUUUAAUGAAAAAAUUACAAAAACAAAAUGGAUUAAAACGUUCUAAUUCAGCGAUAGAAUUUGAUGUAUCAGCAUUAACAGCAGCAAAUCGAAGACAUAUCUACAGUAGCAAUCGUUCGGCAAGCUCAGAACAAGAUAAUUCAGAUCAAUCUGAACAUUCGGAGAAAUCACCAUUGGUUAGCGCCAGGUUAGACAGUUUGGCUAGGAUAUUUUUUAGCAAAUCGAUGUCAGCGGAAAGCGGAAGUAGAGAUACCCUAGAUUCAGUGCUAACAACAAGACCCAAUAUCAAAUAUCAAUAUUCCGCUUUAGAUAGUGGCAAUGGCAUUGUGGAGCGUUCACCGCGCGAAAGAGCCGCCCGAGAGAAGGCUCUCAAUGCCACGCAAGAGUGGAUACAACAAUCAAAUGGUAGAUAUGAAGUAAUUGCUCAUUUAGAUGAAAUCGGUUCGAGACAUGGUAAAAAUUGGUUUCUAGUAACCGAUGCUUCGGUUCGCACCGAUCGUUUAAUGACUUUAUUAACCCUGCCGCCUGACUGUGUCGCAUUUGAAGAUCUAUCGCCUAACGAAAGUCCUCGCAAUAUAUUAAUGGAACUUUUAGGUUCUCUGCAUCAUCCGUAUAUUUAUCCCGUUUUGGAUUUGGGUUUUCUGCACACCAAUUCGGGUAAUUAUGCCUGCUUGGUGACACCAUUCAAUUCUAGGGGUAGUCUUAAGGAUUUAAUAUAUAAGGCCCAAUGGAAUGAACCUUGGUCACGUAAAUAUACACGUAAACCAACUGGCCUGCCAGUCACGCAAGUACAACGUUUAGGCAGACAAAUCUUGGAGGCAUUGCUGUUUCUCAAAGAGCGAGGUUUUCCAUUGCAUGGUCAUUUGCAUAGUGGAAAUGUGAUUUUACAAAACGGUGCUGCCAGAUUAUCUGGUCUCGAAAAUGGUCUACUGGGACUAUCGUCGCGCAUUAAUGCGGUAAUGUGGUCACGUUCUACUACAGACAUCGAAAAUGUUGAUAUCAUUUGUUUUGGCCAUCUGCUGUAUGAAAUGUGCAUGGGCCAAGAGAUGACAACACCUAAACCGUCCAUGAGAGUAUUAGAAAUGGAAAUGGAACAAUUUCCACAGAUUUUAGAUGUAUUGAGUUUAAUAUUUGAACCACCCAAUGGAGCAUGUCCUUCUGUGGAGGAACUGGUAUUAUGUGAUUUAUUUAGAUCAAUUGAUUUACGAGAACUGAGGGGACCUUGUUUUAAUGUAAGUAUCGAGAAUAUUAACUAUUUUAUGCACUUAAAGAAAAACAUAACCUCAAAUAUACUUGACAUCAUAAAAACUAAACUAAAACAAUUUAUUUUUCUUUUUCUCUCUCCCUUUCUUCUUUUUUUUCUCCUUCGACCCUCGCUGACUAACUUCUAUGCUUUGUUAUAUUUCUACGAAUAUUUUCCGGAUUUGUCUACUACGACUACACACUAUACGUAUGAUGAUGAUGAUGGUGCAACCAUAAUCAACAAUAGCUUAAGUCGAACAAUGGAAUCAUUUGAUUGUAUUUCAAGUGAUUCGGAAGAAGGGCUACUUGAUGAAAUCAUAGUGGGUUGUAAUUUUCAAGCAAAACAAUUGCAACGUAUGAAACAUCAUUAUCAGCAGCAACAACUGCAUCAACAACACCAUUACCAUCAACAUGAGCACACUCAUAAUGGUUCACAACAUACCUUGGCCAUAGGUUAUUAUCAUAGCCAACCGUAUUUGUGUCAAAAGUCACAGUAUGAUCCUAUGGAAUCACCCAUUCACUACUGUGACAAUACCACCCAACUUGAGGACAAUUCUACACAAGAAUUGUUUAAUUCUCAAAGGCCGGAAAAGGAGAUACAACAACAGUCACAGCAACAGCAGCAGCAGCAACAACAGCAAGCACCCUCUCAGCCCAUGAUACGUUGCAGUUCUACAUGUGAUAGUGAUUUAAACUUAAAAGGUGCCAUUACAGCAAAUAGGGGCAGCAUUUGUUCAUCGGAAAGUGCCACAAGUGUUACAGCCACUACCAUAGUUUCACAUGAAGAUACAGAUCAAUCUUCCAUAACUACCCAAUUGGAGGUGUCUGAUUAUGAGACCAUUAAUUUAAAAGAAAAUUUAGGCAACUUAACAGUCAAUCACAAUCAUACAGCUACUUCUCAUGCCUCGUCAUCUUCGUCCUCUUCCUCGUCCUCAUCUUCUUCAUCUACAGUUGGUAGCUCUUUUAAUCAUCAAUUGACUGCGGAUAUGUGCAACUUUAAGAAUUCUAAAAGCCGGCGUUUAGAAUAUUCCUUGAAAUGUUUAAAAUAUGGUCGCAGCAAUCCUUCCCAAGAUUCUGCCUUUGGCUCUCUAACUGAUAAUGAUCUAUCCACGUCCAGCUUUCGUUUAAGCAGUUUUCAAUCCAUUUCUUCACCUAUAGAUGAAGGUGUAGAGGAUGUUAUUAUAGCCACUACUACAGCGGGUCAUGAAACCUGUUUGGAAUUAGCUACCAUACCACGCAGUAUGGUAUCUCAAGAUUCUGCCAUUUCCUCGCCUUGCCGGGAGACAUCUCCCAGUAAUUUUCUCAAUAUUGAUGAGGGAACUUGUUCAGGAGCCUCUAGCUCUUCUGGGUCAACUGGUAAUCUUAGACCUCAACAUUUUCCUGUCUCAUUGUCACCCAAAAUCCUAGUCACCGCCACUACCAAUUCCAGCAACUCUAGUUUGGCUUCAAGUUCCGGUAGCCAGGCUCAAGCUCAACAGCAAAAUCAAACUCAACAAUUUGAUCCACCCAAAAUAUUGGUAAAUGAUCAGAACUCUAUCUACACCACGUCGCCCUCGAAGAGAUCGGGCACCAUUGAGGUAUUUUCGCAAAAAUACCGUGUAAGUUCUUUUGAGGACAUGUCACCCUUAAAAAGGGGCUCCAAUACCGACAAACAACAUUUGAAAAAUGUCAAUCGUUUGGCAUUUCGCUCCCUAGAAGAAGAAAGACGCAUAGAUAAUGCCUUCAUGCCCAUAACCGAUCGCGUACAUUCCGACAAUCGUGUCAAUGUUCAGAGCGAGAAAUACAAGAAAUUGACUCAUGCCUCAUUUCGCAUUAGCAAAACAUCUAGUCAGGUUAUCAUGUACGACACAUCACCGGGCCAAAUGAUUACCUCGUCGCCCGGUUCUUCAACUAUGCUAGCUCAAUGUGGCACUUCGUUGGAAUUGCAACGGCCAGCCACUGCUUCAGGCUCCUCCAGUUCGCGUCAGACCAUGUGGCGUGAUAGUAAGUUUUAUCGCAAAAAUCGCAUAGCCAAAUCGAAUGAUUCAUUACUCGAGACUUCUCCCAAUCAUUCGGCACGUCUAUCACCCUCCUCUUUGAGAGACAAUCACUAUGAUAGCUCUUCUUCGUAUGGUAGUCGUAGUCAUAGUAGACAAUCCUUAAAUCGUGGUGGAUCCAUACAUGAAAUUAUGGGUUCCAAUCACACAUUGGGUCCCGAAAUAACUGUCACCACUAGUUUCUGCAAUAAUCCACCCAAUGGCAAUCGACGUUAUUGCAGCUCGAAAAGUGAAGAUUUAGGCGAUUCCUCUGAUUAUUUAAGGGUAAUGGAUGCACGCAAAUCUUAUUCGGAAAGACAUUUGGUAACAUUUGAAACGACCCUUAAGCAAACAGCCAUUAACAACACCAUGCCUUUGGAUGGUUCAGAUCCUUGCUAUCUAUCCGAAGACGAUACCAGUUUCAAUGAAGACAAUAAUAUUCAAGGAGGUCAUUAUCAAAAUCAAAAUAUACCUCCACCCCAAUCUAAUACACAGAGAUCACAUAACAGACAUCAUCAAGCGCCAACUAAAUCAAAGUACGGUUACGGGGAAUAUUAUCAACAACAGCAAUCACAGCAACAACAGCAUUCCACAGCAGCUAACAGCGCUAAAUCUGGCACAUUUACUAAGCGUUCCCACCCCAAUCAGCUAAGCUGGAGUUCAUGCUCUAUAAAUCGCUUAAAAACGACCAAUAUUAAAACCACCUCUUUGGCAACUUUAUCCUGCCAACAGAAUUUAACUAGCCCAGCUGGUACUGCUUACAAUCUCAGUCCUCAACAUCAUCAGCACUCGUCGUCGUCCUCUUCAUCGUGUCAUUUGGAUAAACCAAACUCGACUACUUCGACUCCAUCACCAUCUUCGAAUGUCCAUAGCGUAGAUACCACCACCUCGAGAUCUCCCAAGAAAUCCUCACGUAAUCCUGUGUUCAAAACUUUACUAAACACUGCCGCCUCCAAUACCAACACCGAUACCAGUAGCGACAACGGCAGUCGCAAUGGCAGCCUAACCCAAGACAAUUCUUCACCCGACGACUCGCCAACAAGACGUUCCAUAAGUGGUAUUGAGUUGGCGAAAAUCUUCUCCAUGGAUAGCACUACUGGUUCUGGCGGUUGUAGUGAAGAGAAAACACCGCUGCUGGACAGUGUUGAAAUGUCACCUAUAAGUCCUACCGAUCCCGAUAAUGACGAUGAAGAAGACGAUGACGAUGUCGAUGGUCUAAAACAAAGAGCCGAUCAAAUGUGAUAUAUUAAUAAAAAUUAAGACAUAAUUUGAAGUAAACUGAGUAUGAUAAAAUCAAUCAUGGUGAGUUUUUUCUAAUUAAAGAAAAUCUAAUGCUUAUGAAAAUAUCGUCGUUAGAAGAAAAACAGAUUAAGAUUAUACUUAUUCCAUGGUAUGUAGUUGUUUAUGAUCCCGUUCAAUAUAUAGUAACAUAAAUAUUUAUAUGCUUAAACAAAAUGUAGAUUUAGGGAAAUAUGAGAAAAAAGAGAGAUUUAAAAAAGGAUAUUAAGGAUAAAAAGGAAUAAAUGGUAUAUAAAAUGUUUAGGAAUAUAACUAAGAGAUUGAGGUAAUUAUUUGAGAGCUUCAGUUUUUUUGUUUCCAAUAUACUUUUUAGAUUCAAAUAUUGUCUGCUUUAAUACUUCCUACAAUCUUGGACAUGUUAAUCCCAGUUUCAGCUUUGCCGAUCGACUUCAACUAAUAAUUUUCUGACAGUAGAUAGAAAGUAGUAGAACUUGUUCCAGAGCUUCUAGUUGUUUUGGAUCAACUAGCACUCGUAGCCCUUUAAAAUAUAAUAUGUUCAUUAUCUAGGUUCUUCAGACAAUCGACUGGAAGAUUAUCAUGUAUAAAAACGAGCCAUUGAUCUCUGAUUAUAGGACGAUAAUAUAUAUUUUUCUUAUGGGAAAAUCAGUGCUUGGAAGUUUUGUGUUUGUUUAAAAGAAAAUUAACAAAUAAUUACAUUUUACGCCGAGCACAUAAGACUAACCAUAUUAUGUUUAAUA